UAAAACAACAGCCGACCAGUGGUAAGCACUUCCGGGUUUUGACGGGUGAUGUGUUGUCAUUUUGGUGAAGAUGUCAGCCCACGAUCACCUGUCUCUCUGUCUGUGCGAUUUAAUUAGGUUACUGUGGUCACUGCUGUUACCAUGCUUCUAUCUGAGUCUUGUCCUGACAGCCAUCCUCUUCCUCUUCAUCAUGGGGGUGAGAACCUGGCUGCAGAUGAAGAGGAAGACCAGGAGAGCUCAGGAUGGCCGGCCUGCCGUGGCCUUCUUCCACCCAUACUGCAAUGCGGGAGGAGGAGGAGAGAGAGUGCUGUGGUGUGCUUUACGUGCUCUUCAAAACAGGUACCAAGAUGUUUCCUUCGUGGUCUACACAGGUGAUCAGGGCGUGACAGCAGAAGAGAUUUUAGAUGGAGCACGGCGGCGCUUCAACAUCAGACUCCCCAGAGCUGUUAAGUUUGUGUUCUUGAAACAUCGUCUCCUGGUAGAGGCUAAACUUUACCCACACUUCACCCUUCUGGGGCAGAGCGUGGGCUCCAUCUUCCUGGGGUGGGAGGCCUUGACUGAGUUUGUUCCAGACGUCUACAUUGACUCAAUGGGCUAUGCCUUCACCUUACCUGUGUUCCGUUAUCUGGGUGGAUGUCAUGUGGGAAGCUAUGUGCACUACCCAACCAUCAGCACUGAUAUGCUGUCUGUGGUUCGAGAAAGAAACCCAAGGUUCAAUAAUGCAGACUACAUCUCCAGUAACCCUGUACUGAGUGCCAUCAAAGUGAUUUACUACUGUGUCUUCGCACUGCUGUACGGUCUAGCCGGCUCCUGUAGUGAAGUGGUCAUGGUAAAUUCCACCUGGACAUUAGGUCACAUUUUGGCUUUGUGGCGCGCUCCUAACCGUACGAGUGUGGUCUACCCACCGUGUGACGUUCAGGCCUUCCUGGACAUCCCUAUUGGGGAAGAGACUGAAGAGAAAGAAGGCAAAAAGUGUCACUGUGUAGUCUCGGUGGGCCAGUUCCGGCCUGAAAAAGACCAUCAGCUGCAGAUCAGGGCUUUUAGAAAACUUCUGGACAGGAAGGGGGUGGAGACUGCCGGUCGAGAGACCGUGAAGCUGGUGUUGAUUGGUGGAUGUCGUAACCAGGAAGAUGAAGACAGGGUACUGAUGCUGAGGGGAUUGUGUCAGGAGCUGGGCCUAGCAGACAGGGUGGAGUUUAAACUCAAUAUCCCAUUUGAGGAACUGAAGAAAGAUUUGACAGAUGCCACGAUUGGGUUGCACACAAUGUGGAAUGAACAUUUCGGUAUUGGUGUAGUGGAGUGUAUGGCUGCAGGAACAAUCAUUCUAGCUCACAAAUCCGGUGGUCCGAAGUUGGACAUUGUAGUUCACUAUGAUGGCGGUCCAACCGGCUUCCUGGCAGAUGAUGAAGACACCUAUGCAGACGCCAUGGAACGAAUCCUUUCUAUGACUCCCGCAGCUCGGUUAGAGAUCCGACGCCGGGCCCGUCUGUCCGUCACCCGCUUCUCAGACCAGGAGUUUGAAGGUUCAUUUCUUGCAGCCGUGGAGCCUCUAAUGUCAACACUGAGACUAUGAGAGUGAUGGAGGAGGGGGUCAUGGUACUCUCACCAUGUCUUUGUCCUGACUGGCUAUUGUGAAUCAGCCCCAUAUAGUUCAGUCUAGUUCACAAGCUUGUACUGGCCCUAUAAUGCUGACUAUGAAUCAUUCCGUGUCUAGAGCAUAAGUGAGCAAUUCUUACCGACCUGUCUUGUGAACAUUUGCUCUUUAAUUAUGAAACAUCACAGCAUCAGGGGAAAUGCUGGUUCUGGUGAGAUGCCACUUUCUGCUUUAACUUAAAGAUAGACAUUGAAUGUAGGAGUUACACACUGCAGAUGAACAGUUGAUUUUGUUUCAUUUAAAACACAUGCUGUUUUGUCUUCAUAUAUUUUAUGUACAUUAUAUAAGAUGAUAAAUAUAGUUUAUAAUUAUAAUAGGUUUGUUUUGUUUUAUUGUUUAAGAGAGUUACAAAAGAGAGUUGAAACCACAGUGUAUCAAAAAAUGUAUGUUUCUCUUGGAAGAUUCAAACAUUAUACUAGUGCUUAAUGUUAAUUUAAUUUUUUUUUUUUUUAAUACAAUAAAUUAUAUAGAGUGGUGGUCUGAAAAUAUAACAA